CGACCGAGCUGCAUCAUGCUCGUGCUGCUCCACGCCUGCGCUGCUGCGCUCCAGCCGGCUACAGCCCCGGCACGAACCGUCGCUGCCGCCUCCCGCGCCGGGAGGCCUGCCUGCGCCGCCGCGACUAGUGAUGCCGCCGACAGGGCCAAAGCCGCGCUCGACGCGAUGGACGCGGAUGUGUCGGCAGCCGAGGCGGCGUCGGCAGCCGGCGCCGCCUUCACCAACCUGAAUGCAGCCGGCCCGUCCGUCUUCCCGCUCGCCGCCGUCGUCGGCCAGGAGGCAAUCAAGACGGCUCUGCUGCUGUGUGGCGUCAACCCGCGAAUCGGCGGCGUCGUGAUCUCCGGCUCGCGCGGCACAGCAAAGUCCGUCAUGGCGCGGGCGGUGCAUCAGCUGCUCCCGCCCAUCGAGGUGUUCAAGGACUCGCCCUUCAACAUCGACCCCGAGUCGGGGGAGUACGACUCCUUUCUGAAAGCCAAGAUUGACGCUGGCGAGAUCGAUCCAAAUGCGCUGGAGACAGAGGUCAUCGACCCGCCCUUUGUGCAGGUCCCUCUGGACGUGCUGGAGGACCGGUUGCUGGGCGCGGUCGACGUGGAGAAGUCGGUCCGUACCGGCGAGACCGUCUUCGAGCCGGGCCUCCUCGCCAGAGCCCACCGCGGCGUGCUGUCUCGCCCUGUCACGGCACUACCGGACAGCCACCUGAUGGACCGGAUCGGAGUCUGCCUCUCGGCUGAUGCCGAGCCCGUCACCGGCGACGACCGACUUGAGGCUGUCAACCGCGCGCUCGAGUUUUCUCGCAACCCGCCCGAGGUGGUGCAGCGUUUCGACGAGACGACCGAGUCCAUGAGGACCUCCAUCAUCUUUGCGCGCGAGUACCUCAAGUCGAUGAAGCUCGAGCGCGCGCAGCAAAAGUACCUCUGCGAGGAGGCGGUGCGCGCCGGCGUGCAGGGCCACCGCGGCGAGCUCUUCGCCAUCGAGGUGGCGCGCGCCAACGCAGCCCUAGCGGGGGAGGAGCGUGUCUCCUCCACCGACUUGCAGAUGGGCGUGCGCCUCUGCAUCGCCCCUCGGGGCACCCAGAUCUCGGCGCCGCCGGAGGACGACCUGAUGCAGGCGCCGCCGCCGCCGCCGCCGCCGAUGGACCAGGAGGAUGAGGAUCCGCAGGAGCAGGAGCAGGAGCAGGAGGAGGAGGAGCAGCCCGAGGAGCAGGAGGACCAGGCGCCGGCGGUGCCCGAGGAGUUCAUGUUUGACGUGGAGGGCGUCGCACUCGACCCGGACGUGAUGAAGUUCGCGUCCUCCGCCUCCAAGGGCGGCGGCGGCAAGCGUGGCAUGAUUUUCUCCGAGGAGCGCGGCCGGUACAUCAAGCCCAUCUUGCCGCGCGGCCGCGUGCGCAAGCUCGCGGUCGACGCGACGAUGCGCACUGCGGCGCCGUACCAAAAGAAGCGUCGCGAGAAGGCAAACGCGCAGGCCGAGGAGAGCGGCGACCGCUCCAAGCUCAAGAACGUCUACAUUGAGGGCUCCGACGUGCGUGCCAAGAAAAUGGCGCGCAAGGCGGGCUCGCUCGUCAUGUUCGUCCCCUGCUCGAUGGCGCUCAACCGGAUGAACGCCGCCAAGGGGGCGGCCAUCGGGCUGCUCUCCGAGGCGUACCAGUCGCGCGACAAGAUCGCUCUCAUCACGUUCCAGGGCGAUUUUGCGCAGGUCGUGUUGCCGCCCACGCGCUCCAUAGCGAUGGCCAAGAACCGGCUCGAGCGCAUGCCGUGCGGCGGUGGCUCACCGCUCGCGCACGCGCUCAAUAUGGCGGCGCAGACUGGCCUGACGUGCCAAAAGUCGGGCGACGUGGGCGAGGUGCUCGUGGUUUGCAUCUCAGACGGGCGGGCCAACGUACCGCUCGCCACUUCUGUUGGGGAGGAGCUGGAGGAGCCGAUGGACAAGACGGCUCUCAAGGACGAGGUGAUCAAUACGGCGAAGAUGCUCGGCACGCUGGCCGGCUUCAAGCUGCUGAUGCUCGACUCGGAGAACAAGUUCGUCUCGACCGGCCUCGCCAAGGAGAUCGCCGCGGCUGCGCAAGGCAAGUACCACUACAUCCCCAAACCAUCGCAGGUCGGCCAGGUCGCGUCGCAGGCCAUCCAGGACCUGAAGAGCAGGUAAUUCCUGGCCGCGCCCGCCGGCCCGCAAUGUUGGCCACGGCCUGGCCACGGCGCGCGCUUCUCCUCCGCGCGCCCGAAAACUUACACCGACUCCGGUCCGCUAUUUGUCGGCGUGUGUCAAGUUCGUACGGAGGAGACGAGUCGAGUUUACCAAUAUAAGAUAGGGCUACUCCAACGUC